AUGAGGUUGAAGAACAUCACGAUAGUAAAUGCCUAUGAUCCAACAGAGAUUACCGACGAAGAAACCAAAGAUCGAACAAAUCCUUCAGUACGAUGUCAAGAAAUAUCCUUAGUCAACUGCCCAUCCAUCCCAGACGUUGCUGGCUCCACAGACUUAAAAAUAGGAAAAAUGAAAAAUUUAUCACAAAGCCAAUUUGUGCUCUUAUUAUUAAGUCUAUUAUAUGGUGUCCGAGCUUCAGAGCCUAACACAUACACGGACGAGAGCAUUCUUGAAGAUGCAAGAUUGGACACUUUUUCUAUAAUCAAAAAACACGGAUAUCCAAGUGAGAUACACAGAACCUUCUCCGAUGAUAACUACAUCCUAGAGAUGCACAGGAUACCACACAGCGUUGUGAACACCCACGAGGGUCGGAGGCCGGUGGUGUUCCUGAUGCAUGGCCUACUAUCGUCGUCCGCCGAGUGGGUCAUGAUGGGUCCUGAGAAAGGAUUUGCUUACAUUCUCUCCGAGGCCGGCUACGAUGUUUGGAUGGGCAACGCACGUGGCAACACCUACUCCCGGAGUCAUGUAUUCCUGCACCCGUCCUCUUCCUCCUUCUGGAAAUUCAGCUGGCACGAGAUCGGAUACUACGACUUACCUGCCAUGAUCGACUACAUCAUCAAAGAAACCGGUGUCCCAAAAAUCCACUUCAUUGGAUUCUCUCAAGGGACCACUGCUUUUUGGGUCAUGACUUCAACCAGACCAGAAUACAAUGAAAAAAUCGUGGCUAUGCAAGCACUCGCCCCUGUCGCCUUCUUAUCAAAAGUUAGAAGUCCUCUUGUGAAGGCCAUUGCCCCAUUCACAAACUCGUUGGAAGUAGUUUUUAAGAUCUUGGGUAGGAACGAGUUUCUUACUAAUGGCAAAAUAAAUGAGAUGGCAGGGCAAUCCUAUUGCGUUGAAGAAGCUAUUACGCAAGCUCUUUGCACUAAUCUUUUGUUCCUGUUAUGUGGUUACAACAGCGAGCAGCUCAAUUCAACGAUGGUUCCCGUUAUAGUGGGUCACACCCCUGCUGGAGCAUCCACCAAACAAAUCGUUCACUUCGGUCAAAUUUACAAUGGACACAAAUUCAGGCAAUUCGAUUACGGAUUGAUGAAAAACAAAAUGACUUAUGGGACAUUCAAGCCUCCAACUUACAAUUUGACUGCGAUCCGUACGCCGAUAUUCCUGCACUACUCCGACAACGAUUGGUUGGCGACACCAGAAGAUGUUGACAGAUUGUCUAAAGAAAUCAAGACUGUCAUCGGUAAACACAGAGUACCUAUGGCCAAGUUUAAUCAUGUAGAUUUUGUUUUCGCUAUUGACGUAAAGAAACUUUUGUACAACCGCGUGGUGAAUAUUAUGGCGCAAUUCAAUAAACAGUCAUAGUUAAGAAUAAUAUGUAUAUAUAUAAUAUGUUUAAUAAAUAGUGUUAAUUACAAUGAACAAUACUAUAAACUACAAAAAUUGUUGUCACUUAUUUACUUUUCAUUACAAACAAAUAAACUUCAAUCCUUUAAAGAUUCGCAAUAUUAGAUUUGCUACUAUCCGUAUUAGUGUAGAAUGUAGAACAAGAUGGAGCAGACGUGCUACUGUUGAGUCUGCAAAAGGUAGCUUCAAUAUCAUGAUCUACGUCAUGGUGUUUAUUUGCCACUAUUUUAAUUUCCCGCUUCACUAUUUCUCCGAAAGUAUUACGAACUGAAAAGCAAUUUAAAGAUGAAAUAUUUAAAUAUGACAAAACCACACAACAUUUGUAACGAAAAUUUGCGAAACAUGACGAAAAUUUUGUACUAUCGUGCUAUUCAGUAAGAACAAACUCACUUUUCACCGCGGAAUCCGCGUAUAAUUUGAUAUUAGAAUAGAAAUUUCGAAUCCCAAGGCAGGUUUUGCGGUGAAAAGUGAGUUUAUUCUUAUAGAAUUGCAGGGCUUAACUCUUUCUAAUACCCCAUCUGUCAACAACCACACUCUAUCCAACUCAUCAGUAUUUAUUGGUAGCUGCUUUAAAUUAAAAUUAUUGUUAAAAAAUUUGAGUUAAAAAAAUACUUUGGGGGACUACGAGCAAUAAUUUAUUACCUUUUGUUAGUAACGCUAUUGGAUUCUCUUUCUUAGAACCGGAAAAUUUAAGUUCAUCCUUAUCCAAUGGUUCAUUAGUUUUGUGCAAGAUUUGUAGAAAAGACACGUGGUUGAAAUUCUGUAAUAUCAUGAAACUUAGCUAAUACAGUUAGUUUUUAAGUUGUUAAUACAUUAUGUAUUUACAUUAUAUACAUAUAUAGAAUUAAAUAAAAUGUUCAAAGAAUAUAAUUACCUCGUUUUUACAAUUUUUCAUUGUUAUAAACAUUUCCGAAUCGGUAUUGGUAAAAUCGUUUCCUUUUGUAUCAUCUUUGAUGCAACUCUCAAAGGGUUUAGGGACCAUAGCAGAUAAAUCGCAAUAAGAUAAAGCAUCCACAAAAGCAUUUCUCUUGGGUAAAUUAAAAGUAGUCUUAUAAAAAUUUUGUAGUUCUAACUUUAAAGAGGUAUUCUCUCUUUUUAAUUUUUCGAUCUCACUCUCUUGUAUAUCGCAUUUUUGUUGUAAGCAUGCAACAUUCAGUUUGUAAGAUAAAACAUCAUCAUUGUUCUUGUCCAAAUCGCAAUUGCAAGCUGCAUCAGCUGUUUUUACUCUGACUGAUAUACACCGAUGUAUCUUACGAGAUGGCCUUCGACAGUUUUUAGAGAAACUACUUCCGGAUUUACCAGCAUCGCUCAGUUUAGAUCUUUGAGACAUGAAAGAAUGAGUAGGACUUUUAACUUGAUUUAAAGGUUCCUUCAAUGUCGUUCUAGUUGGUCUAGGAAUACGAGUUGUGUUCUCUUUUAUUAAUGGAGUUUGUUUCCAAAAACUGCUAUUACUCCUAUUUAAGUUUUUACCCAUCAAAGGAGUAAUACUUUUCACAAACAAAGCCUGUUGAACAAUUUCUCUUUCCCAUAAUUUGGCAACUGAUUUCACGCUUCUAGUGUUGUCACUUUGAAUGGACUCAAAUUCAUCGUUUUUGGAAAUAUUAAUGCCAAAUACUUUCUCAAUCAAGAUUUUCCAAAACAUUUUGAUGCUUUUUAAGAUGUCUAGACAUUUAUCACACGGCCAGUGGCAAGUUUCAAGUUCUUGCU